AUGUUACAACAAGAAGAGAAGAAAAAGUCGAAGAAAUCAAAUAAGACAGAGGGUGAGUCUUCGAAAAAAGGGGUGAAAGCAGAACAAAAGAAUAAAGAGUUAAUAGUUACAUCUCGAACUGUCGAAGAGGUGUCCCCUGUUUUAACUUCAGUGGCUGAUACACCGGUUAUCAAAGCCUCUCCAUCAAAAGAAACGAUUCCUUCGACGACGGGGUUUUUUCGAAGAAUAAAAAUCAAGAGAAAAUCUCAGUUGGUGAAGAAAACACAGGUUACUCAUCAAGGAGUUACCGUUCGAGAAAUUCUAGCUCCGGUGUCUCCAUCUUCUAAGAAACGAAGGGCUGAAGAUAUGGCGAAAUUUUUAAAGAAAACCCAACGUAUAGAAGAAGUGGAUCAAGUUCCUGAGACUCCUGAAGAUGAAAUUUCUAAAGAAGUAGAGAUUCUUCAAUCUACUGAAAUUUCGAAGCUUGAUGAUAUAAAGCUCAUUGAACCAACAUCUUUACCUCAGGUUACUUCCACAACUGAUUCUCCAACAUUCCAAUCUAUUAUGGAUCAACCUUUCACCACUAUAUUCUCAACACAAUCAACCGAUCCACCAAAUCCAUCAGCACCUAUUGCUGAAACCAUGGCUGUUGAUGAGGAAACUGAUAACGAAGGAUUUGGAGGAACAUUCAAAGCUCUUUCCUUUGAUAAAGCUGAAGAAGAUUUCCCUGACCAUAUGCUGAUGACAAUGAAGCAGUUCAAGAUCUUGAAUUCAAAAUUAAAUUCUAUCUUGCAAUCUCAAGCGGAUGUGGGAAGUGCUGGAAUCACUAUCAUGGAAGUUGAUUCCAUAAUGAAGGAAAUGGAAAGCAGGAUGAUUUUGAAGGCAUCAGGGUUAAUACGUGAUUCUGAAAGCCGCAUUCUUGAGAAAACUGAUCAGAAUGAUAGUUCUACAGAGAAUAGAAUCAAUUCUAUGAGAUCUGAUUUUCUAAAGGAAGUGAAGGAUUUGAAGAUUGUUACGAAGGAGCAUCAUUUGCUCUUUGUACAGGAAGUUAAGAAGGUUCUAGAAGACGUUAAUAUGCAAAUUCGUGAACUUCGUGAAACAAUGACGAAGGAGGUUCAGCAUAUUCAACAAGGGUAUGAAUCAGCAUAUCAGAAGAUCGACAUUAUUUGUGAUGCGGUUGUUCAGUGUGUUAAUAUGUUCGAACAAUUCAAUCCUCAAAUGAUCUCUCUUUCAGCCAAAGAAGAACAACAUUUUGGAGAGUUGGUGAAACUACCCAAGAAAUAUCUUCGAAAGUUUCUUCACCAAUUAUUUCUCAAGAAUUUCUUUCUUAGAAAUUCAUUCAUUUCGAAGCCAUUCUACAAAAACACCUUACUCCAUUACUUCGAAUUUCAAGCCUUUUGCCAAACGUAUCAGAUGCCCCACCUGCUGUCACAGGGGUGCAAGGGGGAGAAAAGGUUGGUCAAGCAAAGGCUGGGGAACAUGAGAAGAAAACUAAAGAUAUGA